GUCGUCUCCCCACUAUUUUUUUCUUCCCACAAGCAAGCAAGCUUUGUAUUCAUCAGGGGCACCAUACAGGUGUGUUUGGGUAGUGGUAAGUGGGCAGACCACCUGUUUGAGUCUAGCCGAAUAAACUUGCUCGUAGUCAAUAUAUACAAAAUGAAUAAAUAUAAGUGAAAUAAUAAUUGAUAGACGUGUUAUAAUUCAUGAUAUUAGUGCGGAAAAAUAUGAGUUGGGUAUUGUGAAGUAAGGAUAUUUUUGACGCAAUAAUUUUCAACGGAAUAUGAACGAGGCAGAGAACAAGAGUGCUUUAUUAAAAUCCAAAUGCAAACAGCCGUACCCCGCGGAUAUCUGCAACGAAGAUGAUCAUGACUGGUGGGCAAGUGACAGUGGUUCCAGCACAGGAUCAUAUUACUCGGACACCGGCAGCUCUUUGGUUGAAUGGGAGUCGGAGAUCGGACCCACCGGCGAGGUAUUCUACAUAGAAUCCGCAGAGGAGAGUCUGCUCGAGAAUCCCACAACUUCGGAGGGUAAGAGCGAGAGUCCUCAACCUGAAUUAACUCGUCGCCGUAGCACGAGAGCCGGCAAACUGUUCCGUCUUAUCAGACGCAAGGAGAGCAAGCGUUGGAGCACGAGAAACAAAAGGAUCAACAACAGCGCUGCAGCGAAUAGUACAGCUGCUCAGGAGAAAGGAGAUGGAGGCAAGGAGGUCAAAUUUCAAGAUUUCCAGGCAGGAGAAAUUCGAGAAGUCACUUUGUGGGUCGAUCCCGAGAGAAGACACAAGCUGGGACGAAGGGCAACCCUGUGCGAAGCGUACUUUGGUAUCACUCCGGGUGCGUUCUCAGAUAAAGUGAGAGUUAUGGUGGCAGGAUUUAUACCCGAUGGUGAAGCUAUGAAGAACAGAAAUAUAAAAAUCGGGGACUGGUUACGGAGUGUCAAUUCGAACAAUGUUACUUUCCAAAAUUUAGAUCGGAUACUAUCUGAAAUCGCUGCGCCGUCAAAUGUAACAUUAGAAUUGCAAAGAGUAGCUGGUGUUGAUGUUACUGCAAAGCUAUCAAAAGUAAAUGAACCAAAACAAUCGAUAUUGGUCCAAAAUCUGAUCAAUAAAGAGAACAGUAAUUCUUUUAUGGAAUCUCUAUUGGAUUAUCCGUUGGGCGUAAUAUAUUUAAAAACUGCAGAUCUUUCGGAAAUGGGACAAGAAUUACAAGGCGUGUUGUACACGUUUCCGCGAUCCGAAACUAAGAACGUGCAUUCAUCUCUGUGCACGGCGAGAGGAGCUUUUAUAACUCUUAACCAUUUAUUACCCAGUAUAGUGGGUUCCCAGCCACUCAGUACAACUGUCUAUGUAGGCGAAGAAGAAAUGCAUAUUGCAUACACAUCUCGCGAUGAUGAAUUACUUUUGAUAGCUUUACCUGGCAAAUGUUGUACCUCUCAGGAGAUUGUCAAGAUUACAGAGGAUAUUGUCAGAACGUUAGAAUUUACCUACCAGUCGCUAACAAAGUGCUUUACUUCCGUGGAAAACCAGUCCUCUUUAGAUCAUUUUUUCACGCUAAUUGUGCAUAGAUUAACUAGUAUCAAAGAUUUCUGCAAAGAUGCUGACGUUAAAAAGAAUUCGACAAAGCCAGAAAAUGGUACCGAAAGCGUGGAGAAUUAUAAAUUUAGAAGCGCUUUUUCAGUCGCAAGUUUUGUACAGCUACCGAGAGAUGCGCAAAUUCAGAUAGAUGCUGCGUUAAGCGAGAUGGAAGCUAUGGAUUACAGAGACUGGAAUGAAGAUCCUAUGGAUUGUCAAAGACUGUAUACUAUAUUAGGGAGCUGCAUUUAUCACAAGUGCCACCUUCUGGGAUCUCAUUUGCCCCACGAAGACCUGAUCGACGUACAUUCGUUUCUAAGACACAACGGUCUGUUAAAUCUGGUGAACCAGGAACAGGUGAAAUGUCUGGUUCUGUGGAAACAGAUUUAUCCGUCGUCUUGCAAUCGCGGAAACGUUGACAGCAACGACGGCAGCCAGUUAUUAAUACCGAAUGGAAAAUGGUUUUUAUUGGUUGUCGGAUAUGGACAUGACUUAUUAGCGGUGCUAUUGGAAUCCGGCGGAUGCACCGCAAAGUACAAUGACGCGAUAGGCCCGGAUGUAUUUUACGUGGAAGAAGCUCAAGAAACACUGAAGCAUGUACAAAAAAUAGGAGUCACAGUCUUGGCCUCAAAGUGGAUUACAUCGAAUACCAGACCGGAAGUGAUAACGUAUGAGGAACAUACAACGACGAAAGCGUCAUCCAGCAUAACGGAAAACCUAUUUGGCUUGAUAAAAUCGUCCGACGCGCAAACUGUCCCGUCUAAGCAAAAUGUCAAUUCUACUAUUAAUAAAAAGCCGCAAGAAUUGCCUUCUAUCUUGAAGAAACGUAGUCCUGAAGAAAGUCCCGUGAUCUCGGGUUCCGUAUAUUCCUUACAAACGUCCGAAGAUUCGCUCAGCCAAGGAACAGGUGGUGUUAGCGAAAUGAGCGACGAGGCGAUGCCUAUACUUGGAAGACGAGCAACCAGAGAGAAGAUUAAUUCGACAUCGAGAUAUUCUGACGACAGCGAUUCUGAUAUAGACAUAUAUAAGAGCGAUAGUAACGUAAUCACAAUGGAUAUAUCCAAUAUACGAGAGAACUUAUUAAACCAAGCGGAAUAUUUGAUACCGCAAAAGUUAACGGCAGGCGAUAAAAAUUAUUUGUAUCAUUACGUUCAUUUGGACACGGUAGAAGGAAUUCUUUUAUCAUCAAUACCCAUUCAAAAUACACCGAAAGAUAACAGAAUUCUUGUUAACUUUAACAAGUGUGUGCAUGUUAUUCAUAGACUGCUACAUAAUACAGUAAGAUUUAAGACGUUAAAUCAAGAUAUAGAUAAAACAGCGAUCAAUAGAAGUUUAAUCGCUGUUAAAGAACACGGUGUAUUAUUCGAAUGGGAAAAUACAGCUUUCUGGGUAAUCGGACGCCUCUACACGAGCCCCCAUCCGAAGGAGUUAUAUGUGUGCCACCAAGACUCCGCGCCUCAAAACCUAAUCGAAAUAGCCUUUCGAUUACACUGCGUAUAAAGAAAUUACACGCAUAUUUGGUUUUACAUAAAUUUUCAUUUUAUUAAAAAUCAGUUUUCAUUAUGUAUGCAAUAAUGUAUAUCAAUAAUUUUUAACAAAUUACACGUUUG